AUGAAAGUGUUUCUCUGGGAAUCUUCCCUUUCAUUUUCUUAUCUAUCUAUCUAUCUAUCUAUCUAUCUAUCUCUCUCUCUCUCUCUCUCUCUCUCUCUAUAUAUAUAUAUAUAUAUAUAUAUAUAUAUAUUAUGGAAGUAUAAGGCAAAUCUAGCCACCUCUCAGAUCCGACAAUUGUCUCUGUCUACGGAGAAAAAAAAAACAUUAAGUUUCUUUUCUUUUAACUUGUCACACCAGUUCCCGUUACUCUGCUUAGUUGCUACUGUCGUUCGCCAAAGAUAUCGUACUUCUAGAUCUCCGUCUAUUCUUCGUGAGGCUGUUGAUGCAAUUCAUGAGAACUCCUGCCAUAUUUCUCAAGUCCCGAGUCAGCCAAUGGCACAUCUUCUACACUUAGUACCAACCAAUCUCCCUUCUUUCUUAGAAUGUAGAGUAGGGCAGUACAAAGACAGCAGGAGAAACGCACCAGAUGGACGAACAGACACGUACUUUUCUUCCUUCCUUUUUCCUCACCCUCCCUUUCUCUAUCUCUCUCUUUCUCUCUCUCUCUCUUUCUCUCUCUCUCUUUCUCUCUCUCUUUCUAUCUAUAGAGGGACCCUAAAAUCGUCGACUUGUGACAGCGCCGAUCUUGGCGUAGCUCUGGCUUCCAUCAUUGUCGACUGUCUCCUUGACGGCGGCGACGGACUCGUCUCUCCGAACGGCCGAAAAACGAACGUUGUGGGCCUUUCGUUUGGCAGUAAACUCGUCCUUGUUCGCACACGCAUUUCACUUGGACCCAAACCAGGCCAUCACUUCCGCAGGCUUCUUCCCGACGCGAAAAGAAGCUACUACCACUGCUCUGUGCUCAUAUUCCAUCCUGGAAAAUGGUAG